AUGCACACCCAGCCAGGGAGCUAGGCAGGGCAGGAGCGGCGAGGAGCUGGAGAGAGGCCGGGGAGUCCGAGCGGGGAGUGGAAAUUUACAGCUGCUUGCGAGCGCCUGUGCGUGUUUCAAGCGAUCCUUUCUGCUCACGCUUUUCCAGAGGCUGGUGGCGGUCGCCGGGCAGAAGAAGAGUGGGAGGCUGAGUGUGGGGAUCCCUUGUCUCUGCCACGUGUCGGGAAUCGGCGGGAGGGGAAUCGAGCGGAAUUAGAUGGAAGAUCACUGAAGGCGGUUGCUGGCGGCGUGGGCUGCGGGGAAGCGCAGAGCUGUCUUCAUCACCUGGCCAUGAGGAUGUCCAGGGCUGCCUAGGAACCCCCAUCUUCCCGCACACAGCAGGCCACUUCUUUCCUGAAGGAAGAAAUCCAGGUGAAGAAAAACCAUGCCUUUGUUUAGUAAAUCGCACAAAAAUCCUGCUGAGAUUGUGAAAGUUCUGAAAGAAAACAUGGCCAUAUUGGAAAAGCAAGAAAAAAAGACAGACAAGGCAUCGGAGGAAGUGUCAAAAUCUCUGCAAGCAAUGAAGGAAAUUCUGUGUGGGACCACAGACAAGGAGCCACCUACAGAAAUCGUGGCUCAGCUGGCACAAGAGCUUUACAACAGUGGCCUUCUAGUGACUCUCAUUGCCAACCUGCAGCUGAUAGAUUUUGAGGGGAAAAAGGACGUUUCCCAGAUAUUUAACAACAUCUUGAGAAGACAAAUCGGCACACGCAGCCCUACAGUGGAAUACAUUAGUGCCCAUCCACAUAUCCUUUUCAUGCUUCUAAAAGGAUAUGAAUCCCCAAAUGUUGCCUUACGCUGUGGAAUUAUGCUGAGAGAGUGUAUCCGGCAUGAACCCUUGGCCAAAAUCAUACUUUUCUCAGAACAAUUCAGAGACUUUUUUAAAUAUGUGGAAAUGUCAACAUUUGAUAUAGCUUCUGAUGCCUUUGCUACAUUUAAGGACCUGUUAACACGACACAAAUUGUUGGUAGCAGAAUUUCUGGAACAAAACUACGAUGCCAUCUUUGAGGAUUAUGAAAAACUCCUUCAUUCUGAGAAUUAUGUAACAAAGAGGCAAUCUUUGAAGCUGCUGGGAGAAUUGAUUCUGGACCGACACAACUUUGCCAUCAUGACAAAAUACAUCAGCAAACCAGAAAAUCUGAAGCUGAUGAUGAACUUGCUGCGAGAUAAAAGCCCCAACAUUCAGUUUGAAGCAUUCCAUGUCUUCAAGGUUUUUGUGGCCAGUCCAAACAAAACACAGCCUAUUGUGGAGAUCCUGUUGAAAAACCAACCCAAGCUCAUUGAGUUUUUGAGCAAUUUCCAGAAAGAGAGGACGGAUGAUGAACAGUUCACUGAUGAGAAGAACUACCUGAUUAAGCAAAUCCGAGACUUGAAAAAGCCAACGGCAUGAAGAACUCCUCUUGAUUUUCCACCGUAGGCAUUAAUCUUAUUUGUUGAAUUCCUCUGUGUCCUUUAAACACCACAAUAGAGCUUGAGAAGGCACAGCAAGUGCUUGGUUUUUAUUUUGUCUUUGUUCCUAGGUGUCAAAAGUUAUAGGGGUUCGACAUGAAAACUAAAAAAAAAACCACCCCAAAUCUAGAAUAAUAUAUUCUUUUUAAUCAAAACUAUAAUUAUUUAUGUGAGUUUAGGAUCUCUCUGUAAUAGAAGCUGGUUUGAUGGAUUUUCAUUUGUGCUCAAGAAGAAUGAACCUCUUUGCUUAACCUGGUCAGCCAGCUCAGGCUGUUGGUGAGUGCACAGAGUAGGUCUUCUGAGGACUGAAACGUUGUUCCUUUGCACCUGUAGUUGUGAUUUUGUUCGAGUGCUGCACACACACAAGACUGUGAAAGAGAAUGUUUGUCUCUGGAGUUUGCUGCACUUACAGAUUGUGUUCUUUAGACAAAACGGUGGGAGAUGAAAAAUUAGGAAAGGUCACUUUUUUGCUUUGUUUCUGUAUUCUUGCAUCUUUAGGUUUUCUUUUCCCCUAGAUCAGAGGUUUUCUAUUGAGUGCUAGGGAAUGGAUGAAGACAUCAGCCAGAUGAGCUGUUUCUACCUGCCUCCCCUAUUCCUGGGAAUGAUCCACCAUGUGCUAGAGCACAGGCUAUUCCCACCAGCUCCCAGGCAGACUGAGGAGGGGCAUCCCCAGGUACACGGUGCCCUGGUACUCCCCAGUGGGAAGAAGUUAAGAGCAGCCUCCCCUCCAUCAGGGCCCACCCUCUAUUUCUAGUAAAUACUAGAAAUUUCUAGUGAAGCCAUCCAGCACCUACUAACAUCAGAAAGAAGCCAGUCCUCAGUUUCAGUGGGAAUAAUUUUGGGUGGUGGUCAGAGCUAUGUGGCUGCAUCUUGCCAAAGAGGAGCUCCAGCACCAGUGGGAGAGUUCACAGCAUCUUCCCAUCUGGAUUCAAAUCCCGGCUGUGUGAGGCAGGCUUGGGCAGAGUUCAGCAAAGGGAUGAACUGCUGAGUGGGCUGGGGUCCCCCAGGUCCUGCAGGUGCCCUCAAAGCUGACAGCACUUCCUGGGUGCUGAAACCAAGUGCAGGAGGACGUUCAUUUAGCAGCCCCAGCACCAAAGGCCACUCGCUGUCUGGUUCUUCCCAUCCUCCUUCAUCCCGAUGUGAAUUCAGGUUCUGUGUUGAAGCUGUGGCAGGGGAGAUCAUUGCACUGUAAAUGUGUUAGGUUUCAUAAGCUCUGUGGUCCAAACAAGUGUUUCCCAGGUGUGGUUGAAGAGUUCUUGGGGUCUUUUGUUUUCUAGCAGGAAAUGAAAAUCUUACUCUGAUGUUUUAUUAGGAUGUGGAGUUUGAGAGCAGAGAGUGGAAAUUUCUUGAAUGUUUCUGAACAGCUUAGGUUCUGAGUUUUCCUAUUUGUUGCAAGACAGGUAUCUAGAUAACACUCUAGCUAAUGCUUCAGAAAAACAGGUGAAACUGAAUUGUAAAAAAACAGAACAAGACUUUUUUUCCUUGAAGAAACUGUUGCAUAUUGGGGUGAUGGAUGCUUUAAUUUAUGUGCUUUAGAAAAGGGAUGACAUGGAACAGUUUGUGGACUCAUGUUUUUUUUUCAGAUGUCAGAUACACACAACAAAUGUACAUUUUAGUUGCCUGGAUCUUAAAAUAUAUAUAUAUUUACAAGCUAUUAAAGGCAUGAUUACUGAUCACCCUUUA